CGCGAGAGAAACGUCAAACUUCAGCGCACAUGGUGUUUGUUUACCUCUGGUUAUCACGCUUCGCGGCUUAACUUGUGCGAUUUUCUUCAAAAAGUAUUCAAUUUACCUGUAAAUUAAGUGAUUAUUUUAUUUUUGAGCAAUGAAAUUUGCAUACAAGUUCAAAAACCUGCUGGGCUCUGUGUACCGCCAAGGAACACUGCUGUUUAGCCCCGAUGGAUACUCCGUGAUUAGUCCGGUCGGCAAUCGAAUAACCAUUUUCGAUUUAAAAAAUAAUAAAUCGCACACACUUUCGCUGGAGAGCGAGUACAACUACACCGCACUGGAUUUGUCCCCGAACGGGUGCAUUCUGGUGGCGGUAAACGAAGUCGGCGUCGCACAGAUGAUCAGCAUGAUAUCCCACACGGUGAUCCAUCGGUACAAGUUCAACGGAGAGGUGAAGCAUCUUCGGUUCAGUCCGGACGGCAUGUAUUUUGCUGCGGCGGUGAACAAUGCCAUCCUGGUGUUCCGCGCGCCGGGGGAGCUGAGUGGAACGUACAACUCGUUUGUGUUACAGCGCGCGUUUGAGAUUGCAUACGACGAGACGACGUUCAUCGAUUGGGCGUGCAAUUCGAAGAUCGUUGCCGUUGGAUCGAAGGACAACUCGGUCCGGUUGCAGGGCGUGGAAUUUCUGAGUAACUUCCGGCCCUUUAUCCUGGGUGGUCAUAGGGAUGCCGUUGUGGGAUGCUUUUUUGAGGAAAAGACCCUGGAUGUUAACACCAUUAGCAAAGAUGGCGCGCUUAUGAUAUGGGAAUGUAGCUCGGAAGUAGAAGAUAUUUCAGUUGGUCGCAAAUUUGAGCAGGAGUACAUUCCUAAAAAGAAGCUAAAGGAGGAAGACGAAGAUGAACAAGAGGAUGACAUUGAGGCAGAUAAGGAUUAUGAAAAAUCUGGAAAAGAAAAGGACGACAAUAUAGAACAUGUUCAAGGAGAAUUUGACAAAGAUGAUGAUCGAGACGAGGAAGGCAGGUUGGUGAAGAAGCAACCGAAAAAAGAUUUCAGAUACAAACGACUUGCUCGGCACUAUUUGGCAGAUGCUGCACGAAAGGAGAACCCCAAAGCUUUUGUUACAGCGUCAGCAUACCACAAACAAAUGAAGAUAUUGGUAAUUGCUUUUUCGACAGGAGUGUUUUACCUGUAUGAGCUCCCAGACGUUAACAUGAUCCACUCGUUGAGUAUAUCAGAGUUCCGAAUUGAAUCUGUUGCAUUUAACAACACCGGAGAUUGGUUUGCCCUAGGAGUUCCAGAGGUGGGGCAGUUGUUGGUUUGGGAAUGGCAGAGCGAGCAGUACAUUAUGAAGCAGCAAGGCCAUUCCUCAGGAUUGAAUUGCGUGACUUAUUCCCCAGAUGGACAAUUGUUGGCGACCGGUGGUCUGGAUGCGAAGGUUAAAUUGUGGAAUAUCAGCAAUGGUUUCUGUUUCGUUACUUUUGCGGAACAUUCCAGCUCAGUUACCGCAGUGGAAUUCAGUGGAAACAAGAAGUUCUUUGUAAGUGCGUCCCUCGAUGGAACCGUUCGUGCGUACGACAUCGUGCGAUAUAGAAAUUUCCGAACAUUCACAUCUCCGGAACCGGUCCAGUUCGCAUCGGUGGCGGUGGAUUAUUCCGGCGAACUGAUCGCUGCCGGCGGGCAAGAUGUGUUCGAAAUAUAUCUGUGGUCGAUGAAGCUUGGGCGACUUCUGGAGGUGCUGAGUGGGCACGAGGGACCGGUCGUUACUUUAGCUUUCUCGCCAGUUGCCUCUUCCUCGACUAUGGUGUCUGGAUCUUGGGACAAAACGAUACGUGUGUGGGACUGCCUGGAAUCGUCGAGUGCUAGUGAAACCAUUGACGUCGCUUCAGAUGUGCUUUGCGUUGCCUUCAAACCAAAUGGCGAGGAGGUUGCCGCAGCAUCGUUGAAUGGCAAUGUAGGGGUAUUUAAUGUGAAAACGGCUCAGCAGUUGGCUUCAAUCGAAGGACGAAAUGACAUGGGAGCCACUGUCUCGGAUACAGAUCUGAUCAGUGCCAAGAAGAACCAGUUGGGAAGCGCAUUCACAUCUAUCUGUUAUUCGGCUGACGGUGAAUGUAUCCUAGCGGGUGGCAAAUCCAAAUAUGUUUGCAUAUACAACGUUCGAGAAGCCAUUCUGCUGAAGAAAUUCCAGAUUACUCAGAAUCGUAGCCUAGAUGGAAUGGAUGAAUACACGAACCGCAAAAACUUAACCGAGUUUGGUAAUAUGGCACUAAUUGAGGAACGAGAAACUCUUGAAGGAGGCAAUGUAGCUAUUCAGCUACCCGGUGUAAAAAGAGCCGAUCUAUCAGCACGGAACCAAAGGCCCGAGGUUAACGUAUUCGCCGUCCGUUUCUCUCCAACAGGACAAUCGUGGGCCGCGGCAUCUACCGAAGGUCUACUGAUGUACUCCCUGAAUAAGGGCAUCGUGUUCGAUCCGUAUCAACUUUCAGUGGAAAUUACUCCGAAAGCUAUCAGAGAACUUCUAAAGAAGCAGGACUACUCGGCGGCUCUAAUAAUGGCGCUGAAGCUGAACGAAAAUAACCUAAUUCACGAGGUGAUUGAGAAGGUGCCGUACUGUGAUGUGGAACUAAUCAUCCAAUCCAUGCCGGACGAAUUCGCCCACCGCACGUUGAUCUUUGUCUCGAAGAUCGUUGCCUCCAGUCCUCAUAUUGAAUUCUACCUCAAGUGGUCUAACUUGCUUUUGACAAAGCUGGGUCAGCAGGAGAAUGUCCUCACCCAGCAGACGCUGGUAUUGCUCCAUCAAAAUCUGAACCGGAAAUACGAGACAUUGAAUAAGAUAUGCGACUUCAACAAGUACACAAUCCAAGUAUUGAAGAACAUGUGCCUAGACAAAGAGAGGCACGACGAGAGGAAGCGGAUAGAGAUGGUUGCAAACGGAGAUCACGAAGAGGUGAGCGAUAGUGAAUUGAUGUUGAUUGAUAGGGAUGACGAAAGCGAAAAUGAAGAUGUAUCUGAGGAAUAAAUUGUAUUCCGAA